UCCCUAGCGGGGCGCAGCUCCUCCUCGCCUCCCGCCCUGCCGGCCGGAUGGGGGGCGGCGGGUCGGCCCUGAGGGUCUGCGCCGACCACCGCGGGGGCAUCAACUGGCUGAGCCUGAGUCCCGACGGGCAGCGCCUGCUGACCGGCAGCGAGGACGGCACGGCCCGACUCUGGAGCACCGCGGACGGUCGGUGCUGCGCGCUCCUGCAAGGACAUGAAAGCUACGUGACCUUCUGCCAGCUGGAGGAUGAAGCCGCCUUCACCUGCAGCGCCGACUGCACCAUCAGGAGGUGGGACGUGCUGACCGGGCAGUGUCUGCAGGUAUACCGAGGACACACGUCCAUUGUGAACAGGAUCCUGGUUGCCGACAACCAGCUCUUCAGCAGCUCCUACGACCGGACAGCUCGUGUCUGGAGCGUGGACAAGGGACAGAUGUCCCGGGAGUUCCGGGGCCACCGCAACUGUGUGCUGACUCUGGCCUAUUCUGCCCCCUGGAACCUGCCUGACACUCCCUGUGUGGAGGAGGCCGUGUCAGGGGGGCUCUUGGUGACAGGCAGCACCGAUGGCACGGCCAAGGUGUGGCAGGUGGCCAGCGGCUGUUGCCACCAGACACUGCGAGGCCACACGGGUGCGGUGCUCUGCCUGGUGCUGGACACGCCUGGCCACACGGCCUUCACAGGCAGCACCGACGCCACCAUCCGCGCCUGGGACAUCCUGAGUGGGGAGCAGCUAAGGGUAUUCCGGGAGCACCAGGGCUCCGUCAUCUGUCUGGAGCUUGUGAACCGGCUCAUGUACUCGGGCAGCGCGGACAGGACCGUCAAGUGCUGGCUGGCAGACACGGGGGAGCAUGUGCGCACGUUCGCAGCCCACAGACGCAGCGUGAGCGCCCUCAAGUACCACGCGGGCACCUUGUUCACGGGCAGCGGGGACGCCUGCGCCCGGGCCUUCGACGCCCAGUCGGGCGUGCUGCAGAGGGUGUUCCGGGGCCACGCCUUCGUCAUCAAUUGCAUCCAGCCCCUGAAGGGGGCGCUCCUCAGCCUGUGGGUGUGGCUUCUGCAUCCACAGUGGCGUGUGCUGGACCCUGGCUGGCCCCGGGUGCAGAAAGAGAAGCUGCAGACGACAGUGUCUGCUGUUGGGAGCUCAGCAUCUCCCUGUGGGGAGAAACCUCAGGUUCAGGAGCAGGCCUUGAGAGAUUCCUCGGUCCAUGGCAAGUGCCCAGUGCAAGGAGGUGCUGCUGCAUUCUUGCCUCAGCAACUCUUGAUCGCAUCAGCUUGGCGCCUCAUUUUGCCCUGCCACAGCAGCAAAUAUAACCCAUGCUACGAGGCUGCCACAGGAACACUGGUUUUCCAAGGCCAGUCUCCGCUCCUGGAGUUGGGCCUCCUCGUGUGGUACAGUGUAGCCCAGAACCCCCUUCCACGGCUGGCUGCUCUGUGCAGCUCUUCAUGA